UAAAAUGCAUAAAAGGUGGUUGUAACGCAGACAAUUAUUACACGCGACAACAUUUCAAUUUUUGGUGAAAUAAUCAAUUUUGGAAUAAUGGAGCAGGAAAAUUCCGUACCAGCAUUUGCUGUAACAGCAGCAGUGGGAGCUGUGGUUUUGCUGAUUAUGCUUUUUUGUACAAUGAGUCGAAAAUCGACGGAAAAGGAACAAGAAGAAGAGGAAGAAAAGAGUGAAACUAAAACAACAAACAAACAUGAGAAACAGCCCAGCAAGAAGUCGAAGCCUGCGGGUAAGAGCCGUUUGAAGACCCAGCAGUCAGUGUUCACCCACAAAUGGCUUGCUAGUUCACUCAAGGGACAUGGUGCACGUAUCUUAGAUAUGGACUUCAGUCCAAAUGGGAAAUAUGUCAUCACUGUUGCUGAAGAUCGCUCUAUUCUUCUGUGGUCUACAAAGGAAUUUGAACAGAAAGAACACAAGUCAAUCAGGGGUAAUGUUGACCUUGAUCAUGCAACAAGAGUCAAGUACAGUCCUGAUUCCAAGGCAUUUGUAGUUAGUCUUGGGAAUGCAAAUACUGUUAGAGUGUUUAGAAUUGGGAAGAAAGAUGACGGAAGCCCCGGUAAUAUUACCGGGGCAUUAGACUUUCCACAGAAACAUAAGGCAGAGAUUAUCAAUGUGGGUAUAGCCAGCAAUGGAAAAUACAUUAUGACUUGCUCGUCAGAUACCACUAUGGUAGUGUGGUCUAUAAAAGGUGAAGUACUUAGUGAAAUAAAUACCAAUAAUAUGAAUAAUUCAUACGGGGCAGUAUCACCUUGUGGCCGGUUUGUUGCCUCAUCAGGUUUCACACCAGAUGUAAAGGUCUGGGAGGUAUGUUUUACAAAAACUGGAGAUUUUCAGGAAGUGAGACGAGCGUUUGAAUUAAAAGGUCAUUCUGCUGGCGUAUAUUGCUUCGCAUUUAAUAAUGAUUCUACCAGAAUGGCAUCUGCAUCAAAAGAUGGCACAUGGAAAUACUGGGAUACAAACAUUCGAUAUGAUAUGAAUCAGGAUCCAUAUUUAUUAUUCACGGGGAAGUUAGCGUUGUCAGGGUCGUGUCUUGUAUCGUUAUCACCAGAUGGUAGAACUGUUGCCAUAGCUCAAGAAACAUCUAUAUAUGUGUGCAACUCUUCAGGGAAUGAUGAAGAACUCAUUGAGAACAUUCACUCAGAACCGCCAGCACAGAUUGGUUUUGACAACUCAGGAAAGUAUUUGCUAAGUGCUGGUGACAAACAUGUCCAUGUCUUACAUAAUAUCACAGGUUAUAAAGCGACUAUAGAAGAGCUGAUUGGUUUAGAGAAGAAGGCCAGCGGUCAGGCAAUGAAGGAAAGGAUAAGGUCUCAAAUCAGAGAUGCCAAAGCUGCCUUAGAGCGAAUUCAGGGAGAGACGUUAAAUGGCCAUGCUAAAGUCCAGUAAUACACAGACAUUCCUGACAUACAUGUAUACAGUAUUCACGGUGUAACGAGUACAUGAAGACAACACUCCAGUCAACUGUUUGUGACAGUUUCUGCUCCAACAUCUUUAUUCAGAUAUAUAAGAGAGGUUGAAAUAUCAUCCUGUAGUACUUCAAUAGUUUGUUGUGUAUAAUUAUAACAUUGUCAAGAUGACAUUAUUCAGGAUAUUGCUGUUUCUGGUAUUCAGUUGUUCAGUUAAAUUUUUCAGCAGUUUUUGUCGAACUAGUUUGAAAUCAUUCAGUUAAAGUAAUGUGAAGAGUAGUUUUUAACACACCUUUUCUGGUUUCAGUUAUUUUCUAGGUGGUAUGUAUAUAUGAACAUACAUGGAAGUUUCAACCUCUUUUUUUUAUAUAACAAAUGAUUAAAUUCACAAAAAGAGUAUAAACUUUAAAAAGUUUGCAUUUUCUCACAGACUAAAGUUUUCCUAAACUUCAGAAUGUUAGAUAUGGCUUUAAAGUGUGAAUGAUAGUGCUGUUGUUCUUACAAGUUACAUGUUAAGUAAUUGAGUGAUGUUAAAGUUGUAUUAAACCCUCAAACUGGUGUUGGUAAUAUGUAUAAAAAUGUGUUCAUUCCUGUGCAUUAAAACAUUUCACAAAUAUGUAAAUUUUAUGAAGGCUUUAUGGUAAGCAGCCUUACUUUUAGUGUUAAAGGCACUGACCUCCAGAUUUUUGGCCAGAAAUGAUCUUUCUUUAAAAUUGAAGUUUUGUUAUAUUAUGUGAACAUUGAGUUUUUUUGUUUCUUAACCAUCUUAGAGUGCCAGAUCAGGAAAGUAAAGAUGCCCCAGUCAGGAUUCGUACACGGGCUUCUGUGUUAAUAAAAACUUUCCAUCGUUCUUGACCUAUACUUUAUGGAGGAAUAGGUAUUUAAUAAUUGUUAAAUAUAAAUAUUUCUGAUGUAGGCAGUUUACCUCGAGUAACCUGUUAUGAACGCUUUGCAAUUUUCAAUGUAAAAAUUAAUAAAAACAACUAAUUCUUGUGUGUUUCCAUAACAUAUAGUUUGUCAGUUAUUAAGUUUUGAAGGUUUCUUAAGAAAUACAGCACUAAUUUCCUUAUCUCUAAAAGUGUCUUUGUUGUUGUAUGAUCUGGAGGCCAGUGCCUUUAAGAAGUCAUGAAAUGGAGAGUAGCAUGAUGCACAUUAAAGAUACCCAGUGCUCAUCGUUCAGUAAAAUAUUUUAUUUGUGGAAUCUUCAGAUGUAGACAGUCCAUCUCAAAGGUAGAAUUUAAUUCUACCAAGUUAAAUAUAUAUGAACAAAUUGUGUACGUAGAACUACAUACAUAAUUAUAUGUUAUGCAGUAGCAGUCCAUUGUUUAAAAAACUUUCUGGGUUUUUUUUUUAGCGGUAAUACACAUUUAUACUGAGUUAUCUACUGUGUUAUCGAUACAUGUGUUAAGUGUGUACUGUUGUCAACAAAAUGCAUAGUACUGUUAAUACGCAUAAACUUGUUAAUAUUGGUUAACAUAAUCUA